AUGAUGAGAAAUGCAGAGCUCAUCUUCAUCCCAACACCGACUGUUGGUCAUCUCGUUCCGGUUCUUGAAUUUGCUAGGCGUCUCAUUGACCAGGAUGAUAGGAUCCGUAUCACCAUCGUCUUGAUGAAGCUACAAGGUCAGUCUCAUAUGGAUGCUUAUGUUAAGUCAAUCGCCCCGUCACAGCCCUUUGUUAGAUUCAUUGAUGUCCCUGAGUUAGAAGAGAAACCAACACUUGUUGCUCAGUCUAUUGAAGCCUAUGUAUAUGAUGUGAUUGAGAAAAAUAUCCCUCUUGUGAGAAAGAUAGUCAUGGGUAUAUUAUCUUCUCCUUCACUGGAUGGAGUUACCGUCAAGGGAAUAGUUGCUGAUUUUUUCUGUCUCCCCAUGAUUGAAGUUGCAAAAGAAGCAAGUCUUCCUUUUUAUGUGUUCUUGACGACGAAUGCCGGGUUCCUAGCUAUGAUGCAGUAUCUAGCAGAUCGACAUGGUAAAGAUACCUCGGUUUUUGUAAAAGAUUCUGGAGAAAUGUUGUCGAUUCCUGGCUUUGCAAACCCUGUUCCAUCCAAAGUUCUGCCGUCAGCUCUGUUUAUUGAAGACGGUUAUGACGCUUAUGUUAAACUUGCCAUCUUGUUUACCAAGGCCAAUGGAAUCCUGGUGAAUAGCUCCUUUGAUAUUGAGCCACACUCUGUUAAUCAUUUUCUUAAUGAACAGAAUUACCCUACUGUUUAUGCUGUUGGCCCCAUGUUUGACUUGAAGGCUCAGCCUCAUCCAGAUCAGGACCUCGCUCGUCGUGACGAGUUGAUGAAAUGGCUUGAUGAUCAGCCCGAGGCAUCGGUUGUGUUCCUUUGUUUUGGGAGUAUGGGAAAGUUGAGAGGUCCUCUAGUGAAGGAAAUAGCUCGUGGACUUGAGCUUUGUCAGUCCAAAUUCCUCUGGUCACUCCGCACUGAAGAAGAUGAUGAUCUUUUGCCGGAGGGUUUCCUUGACCGCGUCAGUGGCCGAGGAAUGAUAUGCGGUUGGUCUCCUCAGGUGGAGAUAUUAGCGCACAAGGCAGUGGGAGGUUUUGUGUCUCACUGUGGAUGGAACUCAAUAAUAGAGAGUGUGUGGUUUGGUGUGCCUAUAGUGACAUGGCCAAUGUACGCUGAGCAACAGCUCAAUGCAUUUCUGAUGGUGAAAGAACUGAAGAUCGCAGUGGAGAUGAAGCUUGAUUACAGGAUGCAUGGUGAUGAGCUUGUAAGGGCAAACGAGAUAGAGACUGCGAUUCGCUGUGUAAUGGAGAAAGAAAACAAUUUAACGAGGAAGAGGGUGAUGGAUGUCUCUCAGAUGGCACGGAAAGCUACGUUGAUUGGUGGAUCUUCUUAUUUGGCUACUGAGAGAUUCAUACAAGACGUUGUAGGAAUCAAGCCUUAA